CUUUCGUCGUUUGAUUCCAAUACUAUGCCAGUUGAGCGAAACCGCGUCGUUGUGCGCGUCCCUGCGACGACAGCCAACAUGGGUCCCGGCUUUGACUGCAUCGGCAUGGCGCUCGGCAUCUUCAACGAGCUGAUUGUCGAGCGAAGCGACGCCUUUGCAAUGGAGAUUAUCGGCGAAGGGCAGGCCGAACUGCCGCGAGACGCCUCAAACCUGGUUGUCGUUGGCGUUGAGGCCGCGUUCCGGAUUGCUGGCAAGACGACCCCGACCUUGUCGUAUGUGCUCAAAAAUGCCAUCCCGUUCGCUCGCGGUCUCGGCAGCUCGUCUGCGGCGAUCGUUGCAGGGCUGCUAGCGGGACUGACGUUGGCAGGGCACGAGCUCUCGGUGCAGCAGGACGAAGAACUGUUGAACAUUGCCGCGGAUCUCGAAGGACACCCAGACAACGUGGCCCCGUGCAUUUAUGGCGGCUUGCAAAUUGGCGUUCAUACUGGACGACGAUGGAUGAGCACGCGUGUGAGUGUGCCGCACGGUCUGCAGGCGGUGCUGUUUGUUCCCGACACGCCAAUGGAAACUGCAACGGCUCGCGCAGUUCUCCUUCCCACAAUUCAGCGAUCCGAGGCAGUGUUCAAUAUCGGCCGGGCGGCCAUGCUCGUGCACGCAUUCAACACUGGUCGUCUCGACAAGCUGCAAGAGGCUACUCGCGAUGCGCUGCACCAGCCUCAGCGCAGUGGAAUUAUGCCCGUGCUCUUCCCCGUCAUUGAUGCUGCGAUUGCGGCAGGCGCGCAUGGAGCAUUCCUCUCGGGCGCUGGCUCGACCAUUUUGGCACUCACGAGCGGCCGUCGCGGCGACGUCUAUGUGCAACGGAGCGAUGAGCGCAAAGAGAAGGAGGUCAGCGACGCCAUGCUUGCUGCCGCGCGCGCACACAACAUGCCCGGCAAGAUUUACGUGACCCACCCAGUCGAGUUGGGCGCACACGUCGUCUCGGUCGAGCCCGCGGAUGCCUCCAAUUCGCAAUCGGUUUAGUCGUGCAGAGCAGAAGCGGGAUGCCCCUGUGCUUCUUUGUGUUGAAUCAAACGCAUUCAGAAACUGUUCUCUUUGUGUUUUGUUUGUGGUUUGUCUUUUUUUCCAUUUACUGAUGGUGGCAGCAGAGCCACUCAUUUGACAACAACAAAUGUAGAGUACAUCAACAAUACAGUUCAG